UCAGACAGUAAUCAGACAAUCGUAAAGCAACAGCUUCAAAAUUAAAAAAAAAAAAGUGUAAAGUCCAUAUAAAUUCAUAAAAAUGGCACAUGAAAUCUUAGGAACCUACAUGAGCAAAUUGAAGAGCGCAGAACCGUCGAUAGCACCGGUAGACUCCUACAAUAAAUUCGAGCCGGAAUCGAAGACGCAAGUGCGACAGUCACUGCCACCGCCCUCUUGGGUGGCAUGGUGCGAUCGCAACUCGAAGCCCGUGAAGCGUCUUAGGAUUCGUGAAAUCCGAAAGUUGAGCAAGUGGCAAAAGAAUGGACCGAUGUCUAAGAAGGACUGGAAGCAUUUCUGCGCGUGGGCUGCAUUCCGAGCAAGACCAAGGGAACCAGAGCUGCCAAAACCUGAGAAAAUCCCCUGCUUGGCCAAAUAUUUGCCCUGCGGCCGAAAGAAGCGCCACCUGGACGAGGAUGAGUUGCAGGAAAGGAUGCUGACGUUGGCCAAACCCCGAAAGAUCACCGAGAAGUAUAAUAUGCAAGACCGACCGCCAACCUACUCCCCGGCGAUCAUUUGGGGCAAGCCAGCGCAUCGCGAUCCCGGUAGACCAUUUGAACCCCCCCACGUUCCCUCCUGUUUUCCCCACGACGACCUGGAGGGCGAAUUCUGGGCGCAGCUAAGGUUUCCAGUCCGACAGGCAGCCCUCUUGGCGAAGGUUUCGCCGCGCAUCCUGAGUCUGGCCAAACCACGGCCAAAUCCACCAACGCCGCACUGUCCCAUUCCGAAAAAGAUAUUGGAUCCUCUGGAUGUUCCGCCGCCACCACGAAAGAAGUUCAGCAACAGAGCCUGGCGACUACAUCAGAUCCGACUGAUAUAUCUGUCCAAGCCGGUUUCUAGGAACGAGUUGGAUUACCUAUUUUAUAGAAUUUAACAACCUGUGCUCUUUGUAUUUGUUCAGGGCGAAAUUUAUUUAUUAAAGUAUUUUCUAAACUUCCUAAAAA